GCACCGGCGGUGCCACGGCCCGGCGGGCCGGGGCGGCACCCCCAUGGCCCUCUUCACAAGAGCCAGCAGUCAUCCUAACACCACCGACCCCGCUCCCUGUGGGGCAGACAACACUACAGAGCCUGACCCCCCACACUCACACGCCUACUACGCCCUCUGCUACUGCAUCUUGAUUUUGGCCAUCAUCUUUGGGAACGUGCUGGUCUGCUUAGCCGUGCUGAGGGAACGCACCUUGCAAACCACAACGAACUACCUUGUGGUGAGCCUGGCGGUGGCGGACUUGCUGGUGGCUACUUUGGUGAUGCCAUGGGUGGUGUACCUGGAGGUGACAGGAGGAGUCUGGACUUUCAGCCGCAUCUGUUGUGAUAUCUUCGUCACCAUGGAUGUAAUGAUGUGCACAGCCAGCAUUUUAAACCUCUGUGCUAUCAGCAUUGACAGAUACACUGCAGUGGUGAAACCAGUUCAAUACCAGUACAGCACUGGGCAAAGCUCCUGCAGGAGGGUCUCUCUCAUGAUCGUGAUAGUCUGGAUGCUGGCGUUCGCAGUGUCGUGCCCUCUCCUCUUUGGCUUCAAUACUACAGCGGAUCCCAGUGUCUGUUCCAUAUCCAACCCUAGUUUCAUCAUCUACUCCUCUUUGGUGUCCUUCUACCUCCCCUUCAUGGUGACCCUGCUGCUCUAUGUCCGGAUUUACCUCGUGCUAAGACAAAGACAAAAGAAGCGAUCCCUCACCCGGCAGGGCAGCCAGAGCGCCAGCACCAAACCGUGUUAUGCACACAAUGAACACCUAGAGAGAAAAGCCUUGCCAAACAGAUGCCAAGGCACCUUUUCCCCCUGUCUCCCGCUCAAAUGCUCAGGCCAGGAGAUGUCAACCAAAAGGAAGUUGUUGACUGUCUUCAGCCUGCAGCGGUACCGCAGCUUCUGCCAUGAGGCAUCCCUCACCAAGACACCAGGGACUACACGACACAGCAGGCUGGAAGAGAGGAGAAAGAGUAUGAAGCCAGGACUGGAGGUACGGAGGCUCAGCGAUGGCAAAACCAUCAGCUCUUUGAAGCUAGCGCACCAGCAGCCCCGGCUGAUUCAGCUUCGGGAAAGGAAGGCUACACAGAUGCUAGCUAUUGUCCUGGGGGCAUUCAUAGUCUGCUGGCUGCCCUUCUUCUUGAUUCACAUCCUCAACGCCCACUGCCCGUCCUGCCACGUGCCCCCGGGGCUUUACAGUGCCAGCACCUGGCUUGGCUACGUCAACAGCGCCCUCAACCCCAUCAUCUACACGACCUUCAACACCGACUUCCGCAAAGCCUUCCUCAAGAUCCUCUGCUGCUGACCGCCGGGCCGCGACUGGGCGGGGGACGGGGCGCCGGGGCCCUUCCCUCCCUCUGCUUUACCCGCUGCGGGGAGCGACGCGCUCCCCUCGGCCGCGAGCGGCCGGCGUGACGCGGUCACUGCCAGGCACCCCCUGCACCCAAGCGAAGAGCAGGAACGCGCCCCACCUGCACCGCUGGCUUCCCACACCGAGCCUCAGGCGCUCCUGCUUGAGACAGCACAAGUGCUUCCCGCUUCUGGGGAGGGAGGGCAAGAAGACACAGAGUCCAACCGGUGAGUCCCUGGAAGGUCGGCCACCGCAGCUGGGAGUGCACGGGACCCGAGCGGGCAGCUUCUCUUCUCUCCCCUGCCUACGCGCUGGGAAAUCCGCAUUUGCCCUCCCACUGCUGGAGCCGCAGCCUGCAGAAGGCACCCAGCUCACGCGCAGCAGUGCUAAUAAGAGGGCAGAACGGGACCUCUUUGAUAACGAUCCUGAUCCCUCCGAUCAGGAGCCAAGAGCAAAAAUUUGGCAAGGAAACUUAGAAACGGAGCACUGAUAGAGAAAUGACAUCAUCUCUGUUGUCUCCAGCAAAAGGUUUGCCCGUAAAAGUGGGUCAGUCUCGGUGCUUGAGAAAUCUGCCCCAGUUGCAAAUGAAAGCUUCCCUUGUGCUGCCAGCUUGUAUUUUAUUGCUCCUUGCAAGGCAGUGAGGUGGCUACCACCCCUCUGGUAGGUCAGAUCGUGUGAGAAGUGCAACAUGAUCACAGUGCCCCCUCUCUUCCUAACCCAAGGACCAGCAAUAGAUCGGCCACUACUUAUCUACCACGCACCCAGUCAUCUAUUGGGGCCACUAAGUAAUGAACAAGGCCUUGGAUGGCUCCAGCCAUGCCUGCAGUAGGCUCAAACCUGUUUUUUUUUCAGCCAGGGCACGUUGCAUGCACCCUGUCUCAAAACUUGUUUGUGGUGUCUUUGGAACCAGUCUCUGUUUUUGCUCCUCUCCUCAUCAAGAAGCACUGCAAGAUUAAGGGUUUGUCCUGCCUGACUGCUGCAGUAACUCCUGUUAUAGCCCACAACCUGAGGUAGAGAUGUUUCAGUAACAUCCCUCCCAGUGAGACAUGACGUGUGGCUCGGGAUCAGACCCAGGACUCUCCUGGCUCCCCUCGCCGACACCCCUGUCAGCACACAAGGAUUUCCAUUCACCCCAGCUGCCAGGAGCUGGACACAGGUAGCCCUGCCACCGUCUCCUUUCCCAGCUGUAUUUUACAAAGCCAUCUCCAGGAGUUCCUGGAUGAAAACACCAGACAAGCCCUGCCGUACCAUGUCAGCUGGUCUCGUGUCAGGGCACUCUAAUGCUCUUCUCCUUGUAUAGACAAACCUAACCUGGGACAGCCUUGACACAUUUCUCUCAUCUUCCCCCGCUCCCUGUACCAGACCAGAGGCUCCAGCUCUCGCUCCCAAGACCAGGCUUAGCUGUGCUGCUAGCCGCAAUUGUUUGACAGCUUUGGGUGUAACUGUGUGUGCCGUCUCUGCCUGCGUCCAUGCCACAGCUCCUCUGUCUGGGAAGGGCUUCCUCUCUUUACUAAUAUAAAGCCAAAACCAUUGUCCUCCACCUCUGGAGCACAUAGCAGAGCUCUAGCUUCUUCUUUUGUUUGCCUUUUGGGACGAGAUGCUUGUGGACAGCAUGUGUUGUUUGCCUGGGGAGGUGCCCUCCAUACUGCAUUGUAACUGCAUUAAUCCAAUAAAACGCAGAUGUAAUUGGAA